AGAAUUUAUGGCCGGUUAAUUAAUUACGUGAACGUAUAUUUGCAGCCGUAGAAAUAGCGUCUUGCCCGAAAAUCGGCAAGCUGAAAAUUGAGCCCGCAAUUCGUGCCAGCUUCAACCUGGUUAAUGCCAAAUUUAGCACGACCGCUUGUAUUGAACUUGAAAAAGAAAUUGCUAAGAUGUCUGCCAGCCCGGCGAUGCUUCGAUCGCGAUAUGUAUUGUCAACUGACAUCUCAAGUGAGCACCAUGAACACGAAGUUGCUGGACAUAGCCAGCAUGAUACAUCAACCCAAGACAGUGUUCAGUUGGCAAACCCACUUUCAAGAAAACUGAAUAAAAUACUUGAUAUAAGGCUUGAAAACGACAAGGAUAUUUUGGAAGCGUUAAAGGUAUUGUCAGCAUUUUUUGGCAAGAACACCUUGAGGAGCCGUCGGAAUCUGCGUGGUGACAUUGAACGACGAAGUCUUGCAAUAAGUGAAGAUUUUGCACAAGCAUUCAAAAAAAUGAAAGAGGGCCUAGACAGUAUUCACAAUGAUGUUGAGUCUAUGAGAUCAAGUUGUCAAGAUAUGACAGGAAGACUUAAGGCCGCACGUGAACAGACAUCAGAUUUGAUCAGCAAGACAACAGAUCUUCACAAAGAGCGGCAGCAACUUGAUAUGAGAGCAAGUGUAACUGAUGCAUUUCUGGAGAAGUUCCAGCUAACAACAGAUGAAAUCAUUGCUUUAAGAGGACCAAGAAGUGGGAAGUUGCUGGAGGACUUCUUUGCAGCUCUGGAACGAGUGAAACAGAUACAUAAUGAUUGCAAGAUUCUGUUGCGUACAAAUCAACAAACUGCAGGGCUGGAAAUAAUGGAGUCCAUGGCCCUUCAUGAGGAAACUGCAUAUGAACGCUUGUAUCGAUGGAUUCAAGGAGAGUGCCGAGCUCUAACUGGGGACACAGUUGAGAUAUCUGCCCUACACUGUCAAGCAGUGGCAGCUUUACAAGACAGAGCUGUGCUCUUUAGGUACACACUAGAUGAAUUUGGUACUGCAAGGAGAAGUGCAAUGGUUAGAGGAUUUAUUGAGGCUUUAACCAAAGGAGGACCAGGUGGAACUCCUCGUCCCAUUGAAUUACACUGCCAUGAGCCACUUCGCUAUGUAGGUGAUAUGUUUGCCUGGUUACAUCAGACAACAGCAUCCGAAAAGGAGCAUAUUCACAGUUUCCUUAAACUUGCUUCAUCACAGCCAAGAAAAAGUGACAUCGAGGAUGUUCUUGGGCAUAUUACAGAAGGAGUAUGUAGGCCACUGAAGGUUCGAGUGGAGCAAGUUAUUGUGGCUGAACCUGGGCCAGUGCUUCUCUACAGACUUGCAAACCUGCUGAAGUUUUAUUCUCAUACUAUCAGACAGUUUCUCGGUAAAGAAGCUUCAAUUCUUGUAUGUCUGGAGGAAAUGGAAGAGCUUUGUCAGAAGGUUUUUAUUAAUGCUCUGACUGUACUUGCUUCCAAGUUAGUGGAAAAGGUUGAAUUACCUCCUGCUGAUCUUGGGCCAACUCCGACACUUACACAGAACUUGGCACUUCUGAGAGAGAUACUUAUGUCUCAUGACUCAUCAGUUGUUCCUUUGGAUGCAAGACAUGCUGAUUUUGUCAAGAUACUUAGCUGCAUGAUGGAUCCCCUACUUCAGAUGUGUUCACUGUCAGCUAGUCGACUGAAUCCAUGUGACAUGGCAGCAUAUAUGAUCAACUGUCUCUAUGCCAUGCAGUCCUGCUUGGUUCUUUAUGAAUUUACAGACCAACGCUUGGAAAUGCUUGCAGCUCAGAUAGCAGCCCAUCAAGAUACAUUGGUCAAUGAGCAAGCUGCGUAUGUGCUUUCAAAAGUUUCUCUGAUCCAAGUGUACAGUAUUGCUCAACAGCACAAACUGUCUGAGGGUCCUCUUUCAUUAGUGCAUGGUAUGGAUGCAGUGGCACUUAAAACUGCAAUGGUUCGGUUUGACACUUUUCUAUCAUCCCCUGACAGUUUUGUCCUCUCACAGUGUCACUUGAUCAACAGUCCUGCCUUGAGAGAGGAGAUUGUAAGAAGAGGCACUGAGCUGGUUUGCGGAGCAUAUCAGUUUUUAUUUGACUGUAUCAACAACGCUGCAAAUGGUUAUGUGGAUCCAAAGAAUAUUGUUGUAAGAACACCGGAACAGGUCAGAGUAUUGCUUCUUUAACAACCUUAAGUUUGAAACCUGUUUUUGCCAGAAUUGAUACAGCUACUGAAGCUGUAUUUAAAGAAAUUAUGUACAUGUAUGUGCAAAGGUGAGUUUGGAUUUCAAACGAAACAGGUUUGAUGAGCAAUUAUCCCUUGGUUCAGAUUUGUAAUGAAAUCAAUAAAUUUUCCUAAAGAAAUGAUUCUGCCAGUUUCAACACUAUUGAACCCAUUCAUGAAUAUGUUGGAAGUUAUGCGAAUUCAAGCACAUUUGAGAUACAUAACUUUAAGAUAACUGGGAUAUAUGCAAGUAUUUAGGAUAUAUGUAAGGUUAAUUACAGAGUACAAAUUCAACAAAAGUAGCUUUAUGAAUAUUAUGUGUUAAUGAAAAAGUAAAAACAUAAACAUAUAUGUAUGUAUAAAAAUGCAUCUUCACGGCUUUUUUGAAGUGUUACCAAAUGCAUUUGGCAAUAAAAUACUUAUAUAUAUAUGCUGAAUGAUCAUCUGAAAAUGUUCAUCGUAUCCCAUUUAUCAUUACUGGGUUCUUUAAUGAAUGAAGUAACCAGAAGAGUAACAUUUAUCCAACAGAUUCACUGUUUGAAUGUUUGUUAAUGUUACAAUUUUGACAAUGUCUUGGCAUAAGCAUACAGAUUGGAAAGCAUUUGCAUGAAAAUAUUUUAUCAUUUGAAUGUCACUCUUAAUAAAUGUGAAAAUGUUUGAGUUGUAAGCAUGAUCACAAUAUCCAAGACCAAAAUCAAGAUCUUGAGGUCUGAGACAUAGUAUGAAACCAAGAGAUUCAAGAACAACGCUUGGUUUGAAACUCCAAUCAAAACUAGUUUUGUGAUGAAUUACAAAAUAUAAAAAGUAAGUAGAAUGCUCAAGUUCACAUGGGUAGUAGCAUGUGUAAAAGCUGCAAGUUUUCUGGGGAAAGUUAGGUUAUCAGAUUGCAAAACGAAAGAGUAAUUUUAAAAUAUCCUCUUUUAUCACAGUAUCUAAAAAACAUUAAUGUAAGAAAUUUUCAUUGGGUAAUUGAGGAAAAAUGGAUAUGUAUCCAUUUGAGUACCAGAACGAAUUGGAGUACAUCGAAUUUAUCAUUGAUAUUUUAACGAGUGUAUAGUUCAGUGGUCGGGGCUGGAAUUUUGAAUAAGGUGUUGGUGCUUGAUUUGUCCUGAAUAGAUGCGUGAUUUUCACUUUCCUUUGUGUGGGUGUGCGUGUUUUCUUGUCUGGCGACCACCAGAAGCAAUUGUUGAUGGCGAUUUAGAAUUUUUCAUUUAGUUGGACUGUAAAGUGUGAAUUUACCAUGAGGGUUGUGAAUUUUAAUCUUAAGCGAAAUGCCAUGUGAAUAAACAAGUCGGGUCCAAGCUGGUUGCUGAAGCUCGCACAUUACCCAAA